CACUCGAGCGCGGCGGUUGGCUGGGCCGCGCUAGGCCGCGAGGAGGGGGCCGGGCCGCCUAGGCCUCUCCUGACUGGCGCAGGCGGCGCUCGUGACGGGAAGGCGGAGGCCCGGACCCGCCUCGUCCCCGCCCGCCUCGCCUGCCUUUCCUGCGACUCCUCUUUCCCGUCUGUGCCGACGCCGCUGACUAACCUUCGCCGGCCUCCCCUCAGCCGGGUCGCCUCCUCCGUGGUGCUGCCGCGGCGCGUGAGGCUUCCGCCCGAGCCCUCUUUCUGAGGUGAGAGAGGCCUGCCUUCUCCCCGCCCGGCUCUUUGGGAAGAAGAAGAAGACACCCCCCCCCCGGCCUGCGGAAGAAGCUCCGUCCGGGCAGGCAAGCUGGCUUCCGACGACGACGACGACGGCGCCGCCGCUGCUGCCGCCAUGCAGCCCUGCGCCACGACGGGCGGCUCCAGCGACAAGAAAAGGAUAAGUUCAGAACGCAGAAAGGAGAAGUCCAGAGAUGCAGCCAGGUGCAGGAGGAGUAAGGAAUCGGAGGUGUUCUAUGAACUGGCUCACCAGUUGCCUCUUCCCCACCAUGUGAGCGCACAUCUCGACAAAGCCUCAAUUAUGAGGCUAACGAUCAGCUACCUGCGCAUGAGGAAACUGCUUGAUGCAGGUGACCUGGAGGCAGAAGCUGAAAUGGAGACACAGCUGAAUUGCUUUUACUUAAAAGCUCUUGAUGGAUUUGUCAUGGUUCUCUCAGAGGAUGGAGACAUGAUCUACAUGUCUGAGAAUGUGAACAAGUGCAUGGGGCUCACACAGUUCGAGUUGACCGGACACAGUGUGUUUGAUUUCACUCAUCCGUGUGACCAGGAAGAGCUGAGAGAAAUGCUCACCCACCGGAAUGGUCCUGUGAAAAAAGGGAAGGAACAUAACACGGAGCGCAGCUUUUUCCUCAGAAUGAAGUGUACAUUGACCAGCCGAGGAAGAACUGUCAAUAUAAAGUCUGCCACAUGGAAGGUACUUCAUUGCACAGGGCACAUUCGCGUCUAUGACAAUUCCAACAACCAGACAGUGUGUGGAUAUAAAAAGCCCCCCAUGACAUGUUUGGUGUUAAUCUGUGAACCCAUCCCCCAUCCAUCAAAUAUUGAAGUCCCCUUGGACAGCAAGACGUUCCUCAGCCGCCACUGCCUUGACAUGAAAUUUUCAUACUGUGAUGAAAGGAUUACGGAACUGAUGGGAUACAACCCCGAUGAGCUCCUGGGUCGCUCCAUAUAUGAAUAUUAUCAUGCCCUGGACUCUGAUCAUCUGACCAAAACACAUCAUGACAUGUUCGCUAAAGGACAGGUGACCACCGGGCAGUACAGAAUGCUUGCCAAACAUGGGGGCUAUGUUUGGGUCGAGACUCAAGCAACCGUCAUAUACAACAAUAAGAAUUCUCAGCCACAGUGUAUAGUGUGUGUGAAUUAUGUCUUGAGUGGCAUUGUUCAGGGCGAUUUGAUUUUUUCACUCCAGCAAACCGAGUGCAUGUUGAAACCAGUGGAUUCCCCUGAGAUGGGGAUGAUCAAAAUACUGGACAAGACUGAACUGGAAGACAGCAACAGCCUCUAUGAGAAGCUUAAGAAGGAGCCAGAUGCGUUAACCUACCUUGCUCCUGCAGCUGGAGACACCAUAAUAGCGUUGGAUUUCAGCAAUGAUGAGUCUGAUGAGCAGCAGUUUGAUGACGUUCCCUUGUAUAACGAUGUAAUGCUCCCCUCAUCCAGUGAGAAAUUGCAGAGUAUAAAUUUGGCUAUUUCCCCUCUGCCUGCUUCCGAAGCUACAAAACCACUCCGUAGCAAUGCGGACCCAGCACUCAAUAGAGAGGUGGUGUCCAAGCUGGAGCCCAGCACAGAGCCCUUGGAUCUUGCUUUCUCCAUCCGCCGGAUGCAAGAAAAACCAGAUACUCCUUCUGAUGGAAGCCCCAGCCAAAGCCCACCCGAGCCCAGUAGUCCUCCUAAUGACUAUUGCUUCAAUGUGGACAGCGAGAUCGACAGCGAGUUCAAGUUGGAGCUGGUGGAAAAGCUAUUUGCAAUAGACCCAGAGUCCAAAAACCCAUAUUCUAUGCAGGAAACUGAUUUAGACCUGGAAAUGUUGGCGCCCUACAUACCCAUGGACGAUGACUUCCAGCUGCGUUCCUUUGACCAGCUUUCUCCGCUGGAGAACACUUCGGCAAGCCCUCCUUCCAAAGUGGGCACCGUCACGGGAUUUCAGCCUGCCGCAGACAAGAUACUACCUGCGACGGUCAAACAUGAGGAUGAAUCGACGACACUGAUAGCUCCUGUUCACAUCGUCGUAGAAGCCAACAGUGCCCCAGCAUCACCCUAUGCCGAGAAUCUCAGUCGAACGGCGUCCCCAGUCAGAGAAGGAAAAGGCACGACAGAGCAGAAAGAGAAGCCGAGUCCAGGAGUGCCAAACUUGUUAACAGUCACGCUGGGUAAAAGUAAAUCAACUGCUGCAACAAAUGAAGAAAUUAAUCCAAAGUUAAUAGCUCUGCAUAAUAUUCAGAGGAAACGGAAAAUGGAACAGGAUGGCUUGCUUUUCCAAGCAGUGGGCAUUGGCACAUUACUGACACAGUCAAGUAGUCCUGGGGGAAAUGUGUCCCUGGCUUGGAAACGCGUAAAAGGAUGUAAAUCUAAUGGGCAGAAUGAGGUGUCGGAGAAGACGGUCAUUUUAUUACCAUCAGAUAUAGCAAGUAAACUUCUAGGGCAGUCCAUUGACGAGAAGGGACUCCCGCAACUUACCAGCUAUGACUGUGAAGUAAACGCACCCAUACAAGGCAACCGCAACUUGCUACAGGGUGAAGAGUUGCUCAAAGCCCUGGAUCAAGUCAACUGAGCUUUCCCCACACACAACUCUUCUGUUUUCUUGGACACUGGUGACCCACCACCUAAAAGCAGUCUAUUUAUAUUUUCUAUAUCUGAUUUUAGAAGCCUGGCUACAAAUACUGCACUAAUUCAGUUAGUUUGGUUCUGAUCCCCUUUCUACUUUGGACAGUCUUUUAAAAACAACAAUGUUCUUUAUGUAACAACAGUAACUUGGCUAAUGGUGCAUUUUUUUGGUACAUAAACAAUCAAAAGUCCAGUAUGUUUAGAACACACUUGCAAUGGCAGCUUUGAAGUAGGCACCUUUUUAAAAAGUAUUUAUUUUUUAUUUUGGAUCAAGCGUUUUUGUCACUGAAAAUAUUUCUAUCAAGUGAAUCACCACCGUGGUGAAACUGUCUAAGCCUUCUCUCACGUGGUUGAAGGCAUUGUGUGCUCUGAUGUUCAGAUAAAUUUUUACUUUACUUUUUUUAAAGAAGAGAAACAUUUCUUUGCAGCGGUGCAUUUGUAGCCACAAUCGCACAAUCUAUUUUCUUAAGAAAAUAAAAAUGAAAUGCCAGCAGUUCCUCAUGCAAUAUAUACUGCAUUUACAAAGCUAGUUUUUAAAGAAAACUUUUUUUUAUUUCUUUUCUCUUCCACUUGUUUAUGUUUACUGCCUGUGAAAUCAUGUAGAAAUUUUGGAGUAAUUCUAUUUUUUUGUCAUGUUGUACUCGAAAAAGAGGGUUCUUAAAUGCUGUGUUUUAAUGUCCAUGUAUGGUUCGGGGGGAAAGAGAGUUCGAUCUGGAGGGGCUAGCAAUGUUUGGGGCAUUUUUAAGUUGCAUAAGAGAUGACCAGGGAGAGGGUUAUAAAAUUAUGAUUAGUCGUGGAGCAAGCAGAUAGGAGAUUCCCCCCUCCUUUUUGCAAUAUUUAAACUCUGGCUUUCCCAGUGAAGAUUGUUUCAGGACAGAAGGCAUUUCUUCACGCAAUGCAUUAAUUCACUGCGACAAUGUGGUGGCGGCCAUUGGCUUAUAUGGCUUUUUAAAAGAUUACCCAUGGAAGAUAGGCCUAUUGGUAGCUGCCUGCCACAAUAGUGGAGGGGAAUCUGUGUUUGGGGGGGGGGCCAUGGACCUCUGAAUGCCAGUUUGCAGGGGAGGGCUGUUGUUGUUUUCACGCCCUAUUUCUGAGCUUCCUCAAUGCAUCUGGCCGGACCUUUGGUCUACUGCAGUAGGGAUCUUCUUACGUUACGUAUGUGGAUGAAUUAUCCUUUAAUUGAAAAACAAUGUUUUUAAAGUAGUCGCUUUGCCACCUCUGCAGGGAGAACAGUCCCCCCCUGCCUAUAGCUCUGAAAGUUCAUGCUAAUAUUGUGUACCUAAUAAUUGAAUUUUAAUGUUCCAACGACCCUGUUUGGUAGAGGUGAUCUUUCAAGCAAAUUGUAAAGCAUCCCUGCCUUCUUAGCAGAGUUGCCUAGUUUCAUCAUUCAGUUGCUUGGUAAUAAUUGAUGUUUUGGUUUUUAAUGCACCUUGUUGCUAUUAACAUCCAUUUGUUUUAUUUUUGUUAACCAUAGAUUUCAGUAAUGCUGAAUAUAUUUUAGGAACCUUUUUAUUUAGGUAAUAUGUCACAAAACAUCUUCGUUUCCUUCUUUGUGCUGUAUAAUAAUUAUCCCUCCUCCAUUUCUCUCCCCCCCCUUACGUGGUUGGAUCUAACACUAACUGUAUUGUUUUAUUACAUCAAUAAACUAUAUGUGGACCAGGCCUGCAA